AUGGCUCUCGUCGUCGUCGCCCUAGUGGGAGAUAUGCUCCCUCCGUGCGCUGCUGUGAACACACAAGCAGCAGGGCGGAGGCCGAACGCGAAGCAGUACAUCGUGCAUUUGAGGUCCGUGCCGUCCGUGCUGUCGUACCGGGGAGGAAUCAACGGGCUGAGGGCGACAGCGACUGUAGACGAUGAAGAGGAUGAGUAUGACGAGGAUGACGGGGAGGAUGGGGGUGAUAAUCCUGGUGGUGGUACUGGUGGCAAUGGUGGUGCUGGUGGCAUUGGGGGGAACGGCACAGCACCAGGGUCAGCAGCAGCACCAGCGCCAGCAGCAGCAGGAGUAACUCCAGCGCCCGCAGCAGCAGGAGCAGGAGCAGAAUCAAAUGAAGUAUCGGGGUUGGCAUCAGAAUCAGGAAAGGAGUCGUUCGAUGAGGAUAUUCUGUCCGCUGCAGUGGCUGCUGCCGAGGCAGCAGUGGAGAUUGGCGGAGUGAUGGGAGCAGCAGGGGGAGCAGAGGAAACAGGAAAAUCAGGAGUAGCAGGUGUGGCAGGGUUAGCAGCAACAGCAGCAGCAGCAGGUGGGAUAGGGGGGCGGCUAGGAAAAAAAGUGGGAAUUAGAGCAGUCGCGUUUAGAGAGGCAAGGAUGGACGAUCUGGCGAGGCGGGUGGGUGUGCGCCUGAGGAAUUUCCGAUCGCGGUCGGCUGGUUUGGGCCGGAGGCUGCUGGCUCGCGUUGCUGCUGCUGCCGUGGCCGCUGCUGCAGAAGAAGCAGCAGGAACUGAUGCUGUCGCUGAUGUUGAUAGUGGUGAUGAUGCAGCUUUGGGUGACUUUGAAUUCCCUUUCACCAAUUCUUCACUUCCGGCGCACAAUGCUGCUGCUGCUGCUGCUGCUUCUGCCAUCGGAACCAUUCGUGGCGUGAGUUCAGCGUCAGCGUCCACGUCAGCAACAGCAGGAGCCACGUCACCCGUGCUGACAGCGCAGCAGCUGAGCGUGAGAGCGGCGCACAUCAUGCGCACCACGCCGUGGGGCCGCCUCAUGCGACCCGACGUGCGGUUACCGCACGUGCAGGCCUUCACGCGCUUCCUGGAAUCUUCCCACCGCAGUCUGCUGAGAUCACUCAACAUUCCAGUCUCGUCCAUUUUCCACAGUUACUCGUACCUGAUGAACAGCUUUGCAGCUCAAUUGACCCCAGCGGAAGCGAAGAGGCUGCGUUUCCACCCUGCAGUGGCUGACGUGGAGCCAGAUAGGAGAGUGCGCAUGACCACCGUGAACUCUCCCGAGUUUCUAAAGAUGGACACGAGUCUCUGGCCGGCUGCGGGCGGGCAGAGCAGUGCGGGGGAGGGCAUGAUCAUCGGAGUGAUCGACUCGGGCAUCUGGCCCGAGCACCCUUCUUUCGCUGACCCGGACCCCAACGGGGCUGCGUAUUCAGCCAAGCCCACGCGGUGGCGAGGCGUGUGCACCAAGACCGCAGAUUUCCAAUCGUGCAACAACAAGCUGAUCGGCGCGCGCUACUUUUUGAAGGGCGCGGAGUAUACGUUUGGCAAGCUGGACGAAACCGAAGAGUUCCGGUCAGCACGGGAUAAAGUGCAGCACGGCACGUGGUGUGCGGGAGCGGCAGCGGGCAACGCAGGGGUAACCGUCACCACGGGGGGUCGAAGCUACGGCACAGCGUCAGGCAUGGCGCCGCGGGCACGACUGUCCGUGUACAAGGCGCUGUGGACCAUAGGGGGGUAUGAGGGCACGGGUGCAUCAUCGGAUCUCAUAGGCGCUGCUGAGAAGGCCGUUGCAGACGGCGUGGAUGUGAUCUCGUGCUCCUUUGGCGGCCUUGCCAUGUACUUCCAAGACCUGCCGUAUCUCCGUGGACUGAAGGCAGGGGUAGUGACAGCCUUUGCAGCGGGCAAUGAGGGGAAACCCAACCCCAGCAGCAUCUGGGGCACCCUCGGGAACGUCUCGCCGUUCUAUCUCACCGUGGGAGCGAGCACGAUAGGGCGAGAGUACAGGGCAGUGCUGACCCUAGGGGAUGCCACCACCUUCAAUGGGCGCAGCCUGGGCGGAACCUCUGCCACAGGCUCAGCUCUGCCUCUCAUUCUGGCUGAAUCAGCUCUCACGUCAGGAGGGGAUCGAGCCAAGGCGCGGCAGUGUUACAGUGGGCACAUCAGCAGGACCGCGGUUUCUGGGAAGUUUCUCGUGUGCUCUAUCCUGACACGCAAGAUGGGACUGCUGCUGGCAGACGCAGAUCUCCUGGGGGCGGCUGCUAUCCUCGUUAUAAGCGGGACGCCCAAGCAGGACAUGCAGCAUCGCAUGCCCUACACCAGAAUCCCCAGCAUCUUCAUACAUUACUCGCGCGGCAGAACGAUCAAGAGCUAUGUUCAGACGGAUAGCAGCCCCACAGCGACUCUAUCCGCCUACACCGAGUCUCAAUCCACCAACGCCCCCCAAGUCGCCUUCUUCUCGUCCACCGGACCGCCCCGCAGCGCGCGCUACCCGCCCGCGCUCCUAAUCCGCGACUUCCCUACUAAUGACAUCCUUAAACCCGACGUCAUGGGCCCAGGGUUCCAGCUAUGGGCCGCGGCGCCGGGCAAGGCCGUCGCGACCGCCGCGACGGACGCGCCAGAGUUUAACUACUGGUCGGGAACAUCCAUGUCCACGCCGCAUUUGGCGGGGAUCAUGGCGCUGAUCGUGCAGGAAAAACCUAACUGGUCGCCCGCGCAGGUGAUAUCCGCAAUCACGACGACGGCGUAUACGAAGAAUAAAAACGGGCAGCCGAUUCAGCGGGCGGAUGGGUCGAAGGCGAACGCGUGGGACUACGGAGGCGGGCAUGUGGAUCCCACGCGCGUGCUCGAUCCCGGGCUCACGUUUCACAGCGCGCAGAAGCAGUUCGUGAAUUUUCUUAUGGGGAGGGACCCGCUCCGAGCGAAGAAGCGGUUUUGGCGAAUGGGGAAGGCUCGGCCGAUUUUCCCCUGGAGCAUCAAUCGGCCUUCGAUCGCGCCCUCAAAGUUCACGGGUCAGCCAGCCGGACCAUGCGUUGACACGGGGCCCGGUUUCUCCGCCCGCCGCCUUUUGCGGCCGUCUGCUCUGGCGAUUCCGUUCACUUCUGCGUUUCGCGUCGCAUCAGCCGCUGCGAUGUAUUCGUCUCCGCAAUCCGCGCGCGACCCGUUCUCGCUGCUGCCAGAUGAGCUAAUCGUCGAUAUCUUCGCCCGCGUCGGCUGCGGCGCUGCUGACGUCAGUAUCAUAUCGCUGACGUGCAGACGCUUUCGCUCUCUCACGCGCUACGUCCCAGCGCUCCGUUUCGCCCCAUCUGACGUGGCAAACGGUGACCGCGUUGCGGUGACAGCCUCUCCCACGCGACUCGAGGAGCUCGUGUCGCGCAUGGUCCUGAAAACGCGGUCGCUGCAACACCUCCACGUGGCGUCGGUGUUGGCCGCCGACGGCGCUGGUGCCUGUUCUUGCUCGGAGAAUGACGGCAGCGGCGCGGCGGAGCGGCAUCAUCACGCCGCGUGCGCUGGUGCUGGCGCGAGUGGCAGCGACUCGAACGGCUGCUGCAAUUUCUGCGGUUGCCACGUGGCGGCUCCGCAGCAGCACCCGCGCGAAUUCAUCUUCGAAGCGUGGAUGCGCCACGUCGGACCUCAAUUACAAUCGCUCGUCUUCUCGCGCUCCCUGCAGCCUCCGCCGCGCAGCAGCAGUUGCGCCGGCUCAUGCGGCGGUUCUUCCGGCGCGACCCGCGGGAUGACGGUGAACGUGUGGGAGAACGAGGAUCUCAGCGUGCAUUUGCGCCACGUGGCGCGCCAUUGUUCGUCGCUGCGAUCCCUCUCCCUGGGCUCCCUGUCGCUCUCGUCGUCCCUGCUGACGUGUCACCUGCCGCAAAUGCGACACCUGGAGCACCUCUCGCUCUCCUGGAUUCACGCGUCCAAUGAGAGCCUUCAAGCCGUCCUCGACGCUUCGCCAAACCUUCGCCGCCUCUCCAUUUUUAUGGCCACGGGCUGCCCGCGGAUAAAUCUUCGCCUGCCCGCUACAGUGGAGCACGUCGAGCUCGCGUAUCUGCGCGCCGAGUCCUGCUCCUUCCGUAACGCCCGCGCGCUCCGCUCCCUGUCCGUUCGAGACAUGUUCGUCCGCUCCGUCUCGGUGCGCGACGCGCCGGUUCUGCGCCGCGUGGCGGUCGCGAGCGCGAGCGUGCUCGAGGUGGCGGCUCCUGAUUCGCCGCUCCUCGCCUCGCUGGACCUCAAAGCCGGGUCGUUCGGCUGGGCGGCGAUUAAAGCCCUGGUUCAAACCGCGGGCGCGUCUUUAAUCUCCUUCUCGCUAGACUUCUUCUCCGCGGGACCCGGUGCGAUUUGCGCUGGAGUGUUCUCCUUGACCUGGCUCGCAGCCUCGUGUCCGAACCUGAAGGCGCUCAGCUUCGGCGCGCUGCCGUGGCAACUCGUCGUCUCGUGGGCGGCCGCGGCUGGCGCGUUCCGCGCGGACGGCUGGCGCGCGCAAGGCGGGUACGCGGAACGCGGGUACGAAAUGCGCGCGGAUUACCCAUGGCCGCAACUGGCGGAGAUUAAGGUGCGCGUGCAGGAGGAGCGACCCGAGGCGCUGCUGCUGCUGCACACCAUGCUGUGCCGCAUGCCGUCCCUGAGAUCGCUGCAAGUAAGCUUAGUUCCUGGGGAUGAUGAGGAGGAGGAAGAGGUAGAGGAGGAGGAGGAGGAGGAGGAGGAGGAGGAGGAGGGAGAUGAGGGGUAUGAGGGAGAGGAGGUUGAAGAGGAGAUGGAGGAGGGGAUGGGGAAGGAGGGGGAGAUGGAGGAUGAGGGAAUGGGGGAGGAGGAAGAGGAGAAGGAUGUCAAUAUGACUGGAGAAGAGGCGGAUGGCCCUAUGAAUGCCACCGCAGCAGCACCAGCAGCAGCAACGCCAACAGCAGCACCUGCUGCCUGCGCUACAGCCGGUGGUGCAACAGCCGGAGCAGCAGCGGAGUGCAUGGGGGCAGUGAGGUGGCAGGAGCUGUUUGUGAAAGGGCUGAUGUGCCUGCAGCAGCGCUUCUCACAUGUGCGGGUAUGUGUGCCGGCCCCAAUGCACAGAAGGGAUACCGUGUGA